AUGUCACGUUACAUCGAGACAUUUAAUGAAUUAGAUGCAUCAUCUUGGCAUAAGCCCCCAUCUGAAGACUCUCAGAAGAGACCUUUAGACCUAUCUAAUACUAGUCUGCGAGUAGGUCCGAUCCCGUUAGAAUAUUGGGAAGCUGGAGAUUAUUCCCGUUUUAUACAACUCAGUGCUCAAUCAGCACACAACUCUGCUCAAGAGCGGCGAUCCAGACCUGCAUAUAAUGUCUUGCCUGUGUUCACACAAGCUCAGUUAACUGACGCAAUACCACAGUUGCUAGCCCCAGCACUUCUCAGCACGCGACCUCCUCCACUUGUUCCUCGUGCCGUGACCGGGAGGCGGACAUCGUAUGCUCCGAAAGCGGUUUCCGCAUUUCACCCACCGGCAAAGACGAGAGAUCACGCCAAGGGAGCGCCCAGUAACGGUCGUCCAAUACUUGCACGCCCGAUGCCAGCUGUGACUCAUACGGUGACUCCAAGUCAAACACCAACUAACGCCAAACGAAAACAAUCGAGUCGGGCACAUAAUGAUACUAAAGUAGUUUGCGCGAAUCGAACAAACGAUGCUGUCAACCCUGCGAUCCAUAACCAAAUAGCUGAUGUUGCAGCCGUCACAGACGAUGCUGCAGCCCCCGAUGACGCUGAUCAGAACAACGAUGACGAAAAGAUCGCUGCUCGAGUACAAGCCGUAUUACAGGCACAAGCCGACGCCAAAGCAGUCGCUCAAGCCAAGGCUAUAGUUGCUGCUCAAACACAAAGGCAGCUAGCUCGCGCUCAGGCUCUGGCGCAUAUAACUGAGCUUCAAGGGGUGGCGGGUGGCGCCUUCUUAACAUCGGUGCCACCACCAAACUACCCAUUAUAUCACGAUGGUAAGCAAUAA